AUGAAAAACCACCUCUUGACCUCCUGUCGUCGCGCAGCGUCCACUUUAACGAAGGAGGCAGGCGACAUCAGUUCCGUCUUCCCCUCCCUGUCCGGUAAAAAGCCAGAUCCUCUGCCACCUCGAUUUAGCGAUCUGAAAAGGUCGCUGAUAAAAGGCAAUGAAGAGGCACUCACUGCAUCGUGGCAUAGACUGCUGGCAAGCCUGAAGAGGGAAAUCGACGAGAUUAGAAUUGAGGGCAGCAAUGUCAUACCGAGCAUUGACUACAAGGAUGUUGCUGCGGGCACAGUCCCAAAGGCAAAGCUCGACGCACUAUGCCACCGCGGCACCGCCGUGAUCCGUAACGUCGUGCCCGAACAGGAAGCAAUCGCCCUGAAACAACAAGCCCAGGAGUACAUAGCUGCCAACCAGUCCAAAGUCAAAGCCUUUCCCCCCGACAACCCAGCGGUGUACGAGCUAUACUGGACGCCAUCACAAGUCCAAGCGCGCGCACAUCCAAACUUACUCAAAGCACAAUCAUUCCUCGCAUCGUUCUGGCACUCGUCCGAUCCGUCCUCGGAGAUCUCAACGACAUACCCGCUGACAUACGCCGACCGCUUCCGGAUCCGACGGCCUGGCGACGCCAAGUUCGCGCUGGGCCCGCAUACCGACGGUGGCAGUGUCGAGCGCUGGGAAGACCCGGAGUACUCGCGAGUGUACCAGGCAAUCCUGCGAGGGCAGUGGGAAGAGUACGAUCCAUUCGAUGCGCGACACCGUAUCACUGCAAAGAUGGACAUGUACAACGGCGCCGGAGCGUGCAGUAUGUUCCGAUUGUUUCAAGGCUGGCUGUCAAUGUCGUCGACGGGUCCGGGCGAGGGUACAUUGAAAGUGUGUCCGCUCGUCCGCCACGCGACGGCGUACACGAUCCUUCGCCCCUUCUUUGACGUCCACACCGGCAAGUUGAACCUGGACGCCACGUUCCCCAACUCCAUCCCCGGAGCGUGUCAGGAGUACAACCCGGAGACGCAUCCUGAUCUGGACCUCGAGGCGACGAUGGUCAGCAUGCCACAAGUCGAGCCGGGCGAUUAUGUUGCCUGGCACUGCGACAUGAUCCACGCCGUUGAUAAGGAACAUGGUGGCAAGGGCGACAGCAGCGUGCUGUACAUCCCCGCAUGCGCCAUGACGAGAUCGAAUAUCGAGUUUCUCAAUAGACAGCGGAUGAGUGCCUUGAAGUACAGCCCGCCACCGGAUUUCCCGGGUGCUGGUGGCGAUGGCGAGAUUGGCUUCAAUGGCGCUGUAGAUUGGGACAAGAUUGGCGAGGAAGGGAAGAGAGCAAUGGGCUUGGGCAAGUCGACAUGGGACGUCACGCCGAGCAUGAGUAAGGGUGAGCGUAGAAUCGUUCAUGAAGGAAACAGGGCUUUGUUUGGAUGA